AUGCGGCUGCGUUGCCUCCCUCGGGGAGGAGGGUCCAGCUGCGGCUUGGGCGUUCCCGUAAUGACACUAGAAAGCCCAUCGGGCGUUCCUGAUAGCGUUUCAUCGUCCAAUCACGAAGAGUUUCGCAAGGCACACUGGCUACAUCUGUCAAUUCUGCAGAGCAGUCAGAAACCCCAGCCGACAAGGUGUUUUGAGCAAGGAUGCCAAUUUCUCCACUGCCCAUUUUGCCCACAUUAUAAGGGUGACUACUCAAAAGUGGAAACACAUUUACAGUCCCAUUUGAAAACAGUGGUACAGCAUGGAGAGUUUGUGAUGUAUAUCUGCAAAUGGGGCUGCAGAAAGGAGUCCCACUACCACUGCUGUGCUUGUAUUCAAAUUUUUCAAAGAAAAAAACAACUGCUUAGACACCUCAGCACAUGCCACCCUCGGCCAGCAGAAGGCCACCCUCGGCCAGCAGAAAGCCACCCUCGGCCAGCAGAAGACCACCCUCGGCCAGCAGAAGGCCACCCUCGGCCAGCAGAAGGCCACCCUCGGCCAGCAGAAGACCACCCUCGGCCAGCAGAAGACCACCCUCGGCCAGCAGAAGGCCACACUCGGCCAGCAGAAGGCCACCCUCGGCCAGCAGAAGGCCACACUCGGCCAGCAGAAGGCCACCCUCGGCCAGCAGAAGACCACCCUCGGCCAGCAGAAGGCCACCCUCGGCCAGCAGAAGGCCCACUAAGCUGUAUGGAGGCCAUGGUUGAAGCCCGGCUUCACCCUGUGGAGGCCAUGGUAGAGCUUCAUCAACCAAAAAAAACAGUUGGCCUACGUUCGAGGGUCAGAAAGGUGAAGUGUUUGGACCAGUUAUUAAAGCCUGCUUUGUUUUUUUUACCUUCCUUUCAGAGUUUGUGA